GCUUUCAUUCAGCAGUGAAACAUGUGCACUUCUCCUGAAAUCCACUUUCUGUGAGUCUGGGGCUGUGAACGGUAUUGAUCACUGGCUCUCAAUGAGAGGAUUAAUGGGAAUUCACACAAGUGCUUGGACGCUUACUGGUGUACAUUUGGAACUAGUUACUGCUCCAUAAUGGGUUACAAAGCAACAUCCGUGCAUUGUGUCUUAAGAUGCGUGUGCUUCAUGCUUCUCCAUAUGAUUAGUGCAGCUCAAGAUGAAGACCUAAGAAGUUGUAGGACUGCACCAUGUGAUUUGGUCUUUAUUCUAGAUGGCUCAUGGAGUGUUGAAGAUGUCAAUUUUGAAAUAGUAAAGCGAUGGCUAGUCAACAUAACCACAAGCUUCAACGUUGGGCAGAAGUUUACCCAGGUUGGAGUUGUCCAGUACAGCGACACACCCCAUUUAGAAAUACCUCUGGGGAAGCACUCAACCAACAAAGACCUCAUCAAGGCAAUGGAGUCCAUUGAAUAUAGGGGGGGUAACACAAGGACAGGGACAGCUAUUGAGUUUGCUACAGACAGACUAUUUGGCCUCUCUGAGCGUGGCCAAGCAGGCGUUUCUAGAAUUGCUGUUGUCCUCACAGAUGGGAAGUCUCAAGAUGAGGUUCUGAAGGCAGCUGAGGCAGCGAGGAAAAAAGGAGUAAUCUUGUUUGCAAUUGGUGUUGGGUCAGAGACAGAAAUGGAUGAGUUGAGGGCCAUUGCAAACAAGCCAUUUUCAACUUAUGUCUUCUCUGUUGAGGACUACAAAGCUAUUUCCAGGAUCAUGCAGAUCAUAAGACAGAAACUGUGUGAAGAGACCGUUUGUCCCGCCAGAAUUCCUAUAGAUUCCCGUGAUGAAAAGGGCUUUGAUAUCCUCUUACAUUUAAAUUUGGCAAAAAAAACAAAGAAGACUCAAGGGGCAUUUUAUGGCACUAAGGCCUAUCAGGUGACAUCUCGUGUUGACUUGAGUGAAGCUACACGGAACCUUUUUCCUGAUGGCCUGCCUCCAUCCUAUGUUUUCGUGGCCACGCUGCGGUACAAAGGAUCGGUGGCAGAGGAGGAGUGGGACCUGUGGAGAGUACAGACACGAGAUGGCAAACCUCAGAUGGCAUUAACUUUAAACGGUUUUGACCACACCGUCAUGUUCACAACAACCAGCAAGGCACCAAGUGGGAUUCAGACUGUUACGUUUUCACAACAGACAGCAAGACUGUUUGAUGAGAAAUGGCACCAACUACGUCUGCUGGUCACUGAAGAGGACGUUACUCUUUAUGUUGAUGACUUGGAAAUUGAAACCUUAUCACUGGAGCCCCCUGUUGGCAUUUUCAUCAAUGGAAAAACCCAAGUAGGAAAAUACGUCAGAAAGGAAACAACAGUGCCAUUCGAAAUUCAGAAACUUCGCAUUUACUGUGACCCUGAGCAGAAUAACCGAGAGACAGCGUGUGAAAUACCUGGAGUUUGCUCUAAUAGUCCUGAUUACACCGAUCCAACUCCAGAGCCCUGUGUUUGUCCUCCUGGACCCCCUGGACAGCCAGGAAUGAAGGGAGAACAAGGAAGCAGUGGUAUGCCUGGUCAGCCUGGUCCUCCUGGUGCUGAUGGUAAGCCUGGUAUCCCUGGCCUUAGAGGAAUUCCAGGCCAGCCAGGUCCUCCAGGGAUUAAGGGGUCACGUGGACCAGAUGGAUACAAGGGAGAGCAAGGGAGGCCCGGUGUUUCGGGUGAGCGGGGUAUUCCUGGAUUACCAGGGUUACCUGGACAACCAGGCGAGAAGGGUGCAGCAGGGUCUACAGGAUUAGCAGGGUUACCAGGAAAAGCUGGACCAGUGGGAGAAAAAGGAAGUAUAGGACCUUCUGGGCCACAAGGUCCUCCGGGAGAACCUGGUCUACCUGGGAGAGCUGGAAACACUGGAUUUCCAGGAAGUCCUGGUCAAAAGGGAGAAGCCGGAGCCAGUGGUAUUCCUGGUACUGACGGAAGGGAAGGCCAUCCUGGUAUGCCCGGAUUGCCAGGAAACGCAGGACUGGAAGGACAAAAGGGCGAAGUUGGUGAGCCAGGACCUAGGGGCUUUAAAGGAUCAACUGGACCACCUGGUGAAAUGGGAUUACCUGGUGAACCUGGUUUACAAGGACAUGCUGGACCCAAGGGGAAUAAGGGUGAUAGAGGAAGUCCGGGCAUAAAAGGCACACCAGGGCUUGCGGGGAGUGCAGGAGAACCAGGAAGACCAGGUCAACCAGGGCACUCGGGCAUGCCAGGCGUGAAGGGAAGCAAGGGACAGAGGGGAAAUCCAGGCGAAAGGGGCGAGAUGGGGCUGAAAGGUGAAAAUGGAGAGCAUGGCCGGCCAGGGGGUGUGGGAUCCCCUGGUCCAAUGGGAUUGAAAGGAGAGAAAGGGACAACAGGGGAUCCGGGGCAGAGAGGUCAAGAAGGUCAAGCUGGACAACCUGGACAGCCGGGUCAGUCAGGCCCACCUGGCCCCCGGGGACUGCGGGGAGACGCUGGCCCCCCUGGUCCACCUGGACCCGAAGGACAAUAUGUAAGUGCAAUGUCAGACAGUCACAUUCGACAGAUAUGCAGAGAGGUUCUUCAGGCUGAGCUGCCUACAUUGAUGCUGAGCAAUCAGAAGAGUAGCUGUACGAGAUGUCAGAGUCAGCCUGGAUCUCCUGGUCCACCAGGUCCAAUGGGGCCCCAGGGACUCAGAGGUCUUCCUGGACUCAGUGGUUCUAGGGGACUGCCAGGCCACCCUGGUCAGCCAGGGUAUCCUGGGAUUAAUGGGCUCAAAGGGGAACCAGGUUUCAAAGGUGAGAGGGGGAGCCCUGGUCGGGUCACGAUUGGAGACCAAGGGCCUCCUGGACCUCCAGGUCCAAUGGGUCCCCAUGGAUAUGGUAAACCAGGUCUUCCAGGUAAGCCUGGAUCACCUGGUCUAAACGGGCCAGAGGGUAAAAGUGGUAAUCCUGGCAUCCCUGGUGAGCCUGGGGUGUGUGAUCCAUCCAUGUGCUACGGUAGCAUGAUGAGGAGGGAUUCUUACAGCAAAGGCCCAAACUAUUGAUGUAAGGCAGCGUGACUGCAGGCACCAGUCUAAAGCUGAUGCAGAACAGAUAUUCUCAGGAAGAUCUCACUUUUACAGUUCCUCUCUGUCAUGGAAACAAAACGUACCUCUUCUGACACCUUUUAUGUGAGCAUCACAGUUUCUUUGAUGGUAUUUUUUGUUAUUAUUAUUCAGAUGUUUUUGAACAUGCUUUGAGGAUUUAAUGGUGUUAAGAGGAUUAAUGAUUAGCUCCACUGAAUACCUCUUAUCCAAGCACCUUGUAUGAGGUGUUGAAUGUGCCAGCCAUAUAACACAGAAUACUCACUGCAUUUAAGCUAACUACGCAUAGACACAAACACCAUCCGUUAACACACUACAGCUACAGCCACACACUACAGUUUGACAGAUGUUAGGGUUUGUGUAUAGUUAGGCAAUGUAAAUGGAGCACCUGUCAAGCUUAAACAUCCAACUAAUAUUUGACUAAACAUCAAGAAAACUUACUUUGUUUUUCCAACACAGUCAGACUAAAUCUUUUUAAUUUUUUAAAUUUUUUAUUAUAAGUAAUGAGCACAACUUGUGUUUGAGGUGUUUAUCUCUCCUGCUAUUGUAUGAAGUGUUUGGCAUUUAAUAAACUCACAGGAAAGAUCCUAUUUUGAUACAUGCUCUUAUUUAAUGUAGAUUUUACACUAGUGCACCACCCAUGGCAUGUACUACAUUAACAUCACCUAGCUAUAUGCACAUCGAGAUAUCCUUUAAAAUUUCAAGUGUAGUGUGUUGGCCUGUGUGUCCAUAUCAGAUUACACGUACAGGCAGAGGUGGUGUAUGUUGCUCUAAAUCUAGAGUAAAUUACGUACAUGCACCCUGCCAGUUCUUGUGAAUGCCGCACCUAAAUAAAACCACCACUUCCGGUGUGGCACCUAAGCUACAGUGCUGUGAAAAAUUAUGCGCCACCUUCCUAAUUUCUUAUUUCUUUUCCAUAUUCCAUGUUUCAGAUCCUCAUACAAAUUUUAAGAUUGGACACAGGUAACCCAAGUAAAUACAAAAUUAAUGCAGCAUUUCGUGAAAAUAACAUCACAGCAACAAUCAGGGCCAAGUAGGUUCAGAUACCCCCCCCCCCCCCCUUUAAUAAAUUAAAUCAUUCAAAAACUGCAUUUUGCAUUUACUCAGGUUAUCUUUGUCUAAUAUUAAAAUUUGUUUGAUGAUCUGAAACAUUUUAAGUGUGACAAAUAUCCAAAAUAAAUAAAUAAAUAAAUAUGGCCUGUGUGUACAUUGUCUGUGCAAAUUGUUGGUGAAUGUUAAGGUUUGGUCAGAUCUUAGAUGUCCUAAGUAGGCUCACUAAAGUAUUUGGCUGCAGUUGGCCGACAUAUUUGACCCCUGAUAACCUUGAAGUUUGUACGUCACUGUGGCUGGUACACUUUGGUAUAUUGCCCCCUUGUGUUACUUCACUGCAUGUUGUGCUAUAAACUUUUACUGCACAUAGAGCGAGUGUCACAUGUUCCACUUGAAAACAAGUUCAGCAAAAAAAAAAAUAUAUAUAUAUAUAUAUGGGCACAAAAAUAUCUUGGUGAUAGGUGAAUAAUUUAGUGAUGAAUUAUGACAGAAAUUGGCAUGUUUCAGCAAAAAACUGUGACUUUGAUUGUGUCUCGCUGUUUACUCACUCCUGUAAGCUUGUGUUCAUAAAGCAUUCAGUUUGACUGUUGUGCAUGAAAACCUUUUACAGCAUAUCACCCCAGUUAAAUUAAUAGCUACCCUCCUAUCAUAGUACGUUUUCAUUCAUUGCCAUGUCUUAUUUGUUCUAUAUUUAGGAUGCAAAAUAUAAAAGGAAAUGUGCCAUCUAUGAACAUGCCAAUUUUAGUUUCACAUUUUAAACCAUUUAGGUUUCCCCAGCUUACCUUUCAUUACUGUAGCAGGUAUUUUUUUUAUUUAUA